AUGGGUUCAGCUGCAUUUAGAAUGCUUUCUUCUAUUGGAUUCUUCAUUACAUCGAUAUCUUUGUCUAUUGUUCCCCAGUAUGCACAAGGCAUAACGAGGCAUUAUGAGUUCAAUAUCAAGAUGCAAAAUGUGACGCGCUUGUGCCACACAAAGAAUAUGGUGACUGUAAACGGAAAGUUUCCUGGACCUCGAGUCGUGGCAAGGGAGGGGGACCGUUUAGUUAUAAAAGUCACGAACCAUGUUGCCAGCAACAUCUCCCUCCAUUGGCAUGGCAUUCGUCAACUUCGUAGUGGAUGGGCCGAUGGGCCGGCAUAUAUUACACAAUGUCCCAUACAAACUGGACAAAGCUAUGUGUAUAACUUCACUGUUGUAGGCCAAAGGGGAACUUUUUGGUGGCAUGGACAUAUCUCAUGGCUAAGAUCAACUCUUUAUGGUCCUCUAAUAAUUCUUCCCAAGCAUAAUGUGCCUUAUCCAUUUGAGAAACCCUACAAGGAAGUCCCUGUCAUAUUUGGUGCCGCUGCUGCAGAUGCGACCCGUCGCCUCCUCUAUUCUCUCUCUCUGGACAAACCCAUCCCCUCCGGCCAGAAGGAGCACGAAUCGUCGUCGGGGUUUUUGAUGGAUGAUAUGGACGAGGAUUAUGAGCCCUUAGUAUUUAAACGGAGCAGCUCAUCAUCGAAGCAACACCAAUCAAACCCACAAUUGCAAAAUUAG